AUGGAUGCCGAAAAAUGUAACCAGCUCGACAAGGGUGGAGAUUAUAUCCAACAUGAACUCAAACUUCCAAAAGUAGAAACCGUCAACCAUCCUGACCCGAGCUUGUACAUCGAAGCUUUGGAACGGUACCCCAGCGAUGACUCUAUCGACAAAGCUGCCGAGAGGCGCCUCGUUCGGAAGUUGGACAUGAGGAUUCUACCUUUAUUGGGCAUCUGCUACUUCUUCUACUAUGUUGACAAGACCACCCUCUCCUACGCCGCCAUCUUCGGCCUCAAAGAAGACCUCAACCUCCAAGGCACCCAGUAUUCCUGGCUCAGCAGUUGCUUCUACUUUGGCUGGCUGGUCUGGGCCAUUCCGUCCAACCUUCUCAUGCAGCGCAGCCCACCAGCACAUUACCUCGCGUUCAACAUCUUCAUGUGGGGAGCUCUCCUGAUGCUUCAAGCAGUGGUACGCAACUUUGGCAGCCUGCUUGCCCUUCGCGUACUAUCAGGUGCCUUUGAGGCCAUUGCCGACCCGGCCUUUAUGCUCAUCACGUCCAUGUACUAUACUCGCGCGGAACAGCCGUCGCGAAUCUCGGCCUGGUACGCAUGGAACGGUAUCGGCGUAGCUGGCGGCGGUCUGCUCGGCUACGCAAUCGGCCACAUCAAAGGAGCCCUAGCACCCUGGCGCUACGAAUUCAUCAUCAUCGGCGCCCUCUGCGCCUUCUGGGGCAUUGUCCUCUGUCUCAUGCUGCCCAACUCCCCCCGCACCAUCUGGGGCUUCUCGCACGACGAGAAACUGAUGAUGAUUGCGCGCAUCAGGCGCAACCAAACAGGCAUCGAGCAGCGACGGGUAAACUGGGCCCAGAUCAAGGAGGCCUACCUGGAUUACAAGACGUGGCUGUUCACGCUCCUCGGCUUCGUUGCGAACAUCCCCAACGGCGGCAUCUCCAACUUUUCAACGCUCGUCAUCAAGGGCCUGGGAUUCGACACGUUCCGAACCGCCCUUUUGGGGAUCCCGCAAGGCGCCCUUGUUGUGGUUUGGAUUGCCCUCGGCGCCGUAGCGAACAAGUACAUGCCCGCGAAUAGCAGGACGGUAGUUUGCGCCGCCUUCAUGCUGCCCACCAUUGCCGGUGCGCUGGGCUUCUUGCUCGCGCCGACGGAUGCCUACGUCGGGCGACUCAUUUGCUUUUACCUGACUGGCUCGUAUCAGGCCUCGUUUGUCAUUUCGCUGUCUCUGAUAACGUCGAAUACCGGCGGCCAGUCCAAGAAGAUGAUUGUCUCGGGAAUGAUUUGGUUCGGCGCGUGCAUCGGCAACAUUGCCGGCCCCUUUUUCUACAAGUCGGACCAAGCACCGUCGUACAGACUCGGCAUCGGCUCCCUCCUCGUGGCCAACUGCGUAGAACUCUUGCUGUUUUUCGUCUUCAGAUAUGCGUUUAUUUGGGAGAAUCGCCGCAAAGAAAAGAUUCGGGACGUGUUGCGGGAGAAUGGGCAGCUCUUGGAGACGCUUAAUGUCACGGCGUUUCAAGACAUUACGGACAAGGAGAAUCCCAAUUUUGUAUAUGUAUAUUGA